AUGGGUGGGGUGCAUAAUUUCGGGGGUUUGAAGGCUGUGAAAUGGCAAGCACUUCAUGGGUCAUUAGCCAGACGAUUGGCGAUCCGAACUUUAAUGGUUGCUCUUGUCAUUUCCAUGUUGCCCCUUUUGCAACUUGUGAUUGAUUUUGAUCCUGCAAAACCCAUGUAUUUGAACACUGAUGGAUGUAACACUGAAUUGGGUUAUUUCGGCCUGAAUUGGAUUGUCGGCCGGGUUCUUAAACCCAUUGCUCCAUUCGCAUUGCCACAUCUGAGAUCUGAAAUGUGUCAAAAUAAUGUAAAUUUGACUAUUGAUGUGGUUAGGGAGCUUAUGGGUAAGAAUUUGCUGAAUUAUGGAUCAAAAGCUCUUUGUAUUGGGCAGGGGACAGCAUCGGCUGUUUCAGCGUUGCGUGAAAUCGGGUUUUUGAAUGUUGAGGAGAUUCGGAGGCACCCUUUUUUCAUGCUUAAGCAAAAGCAAGUUGUUUGUGAGCUUGAUUUCGAUGACAAUUCGUUUGAUUUUGUCAUUGCGAAUGACCUUAGUAAGGUCUCGGUUCCUGCUGUCCUUGUGAACGAAGUUGAGCGCAUUCUCAAAUCCGGUGGGAUUGCUGCUAUUACAGUGGAUAGUGAUGGUUCCAAUCACGAUAGUUUGAUUAGGUCAGCAACUACAGUGUCGUCGUUUCUCAAAAGAUCCAGUGUGAUUGAUGUUGUGAGCUUGGGCAGCUUUACUUUGGUUGCUUUUAAGAAAAGGGGUAACAAGCUAGGUUCUUUUGAGCAGUAUCACCUACCGACAAACUGUCCCUCUAUCAAGCGCAACAAACCCCUCAUGAACAAAAUUGAACCUUUAGUUGACAAGAAGCCCAUGGUACACAAUAAGAAAAUUGAGUAUCUACCUAAUUUGGUCGGUGUACCCCUGAAGGGUAAAAUGGUUUAUGUCGAUAUGGGUGCAAAAGAAGCUGCAAAUUUUAGCAAUAGCAAUUGGUUCUUGCCGUCAUACCCUAUUGAUUCAAAAGCUUUUAGUGUUUACAUUGUCGAUCAUGAUGCCUUGGUUAUGUCUUCCCAUGUGAAGUGCCCUGGUGUUACCUUCAUCUAUCACCCAGCGUUGGGUGGAAGUGUUGUUAAAGAUAAAUCGAACACAUUCAAUGAUGGUGAGCCACUCCUAGAUGAUGAAGAUUUCGAUUUCCUUGUUUGGUUCAAGGAAACUGUAGAACUUGCUGAUUUCGUGGUCUUAAAGAUGAAUAUGGGAAAGGCUGAAAUGAAAUUUCUCUCCGAACUGUUUGAAAGUGGAAUCAUUUGCUCUGUUGACGAACUGUUUCUGCAGUUCUCCAAUGCUGAUUAUGAAGAUAGUGCUGCUAUUGGUGAAAGCCAUAUCAACCUCUUUAAGAACCUGAGGAGCAUUGGUGUAUUUACCCAUCAAUGGUGGGGCAACUAA